UAAGGAAAGACCACGUUGAUGGCACUUGUCUAUUUUGUGGUGAACGAAUUAAACAUAAUGAACAACCAGCCGCAAUUGCAUCCCCGGGGGAAGAUCCUGUAUGUCGAUGCAAGCCAAUUGACGAGUGUGUAGAAUGCCUCGAUUGUCGAGCCAUGCGUAAGAAGAAGUCUCGUUUUGGUGUACCCCAUCCUUACACUUGUAAAACACACGGCCUAUUCCAACAAUACCAGGAUAACUUGAAAAACUACAAAAAUUGGUGUAUACUUUGGGUUACUCUGUUUACCAUCCCGUUGGUGUUGUUAGCCAAUGCUGCUGGGCUCAACUUGGGUUGGGUGUACCUGUUCACGGGAGUCCUUAUAGGAAGUUCCGUCAUUCCUAUAAGUUUAAGUGUUUUGUGGGACAGAGUUACAGCCCAAGGAAUGAUUUCAGGGGCAGUCCUCGGCUGUAUCGCUGGGAUUGUUUCAUGGCUAGCAACGGCUUCGACUUAUCCCGGCGGUCUCUAUGACUUCCUCAAAAACACCUACCAAGACGUUGCUAUGUUAGUUGGAAACUGCGUUGCCAUUGGUGUCGGUGGCAUUGUCUGUGUAUUCGUGUCAUUAUGCACCAUAGAUAGGAAGAAGCAUAAGAAACAUAACGAAUGGGAAAAGACAAGAAAUAUCGAAAAUCCACUUCAUCCAUGGGCGAAGAAAUAUGAGACUGAUUUUGGAAAUAGAAACAGCAACAAGCGACCUACACAGUUAGACAUGGAGAGAAUUUUCAAGAAGGCUCGCCUUACAGCUAUCAUUUUCGGAAUAAUCAUGAGUGUCGGACUUAUCAUAAUAUGGCCAGCAGUAAUGACGGGUUUGAAAGUUCUUAAGGAAGACCAAUUUUACCACUGGACAGUGUUUUCCCAAAUAUGGGCGUUUAUCGCCGCGGCCUUUAUUAUCAGUGUACCUCUUAUUCAGGAGAUAUAUGGCAUAUAUAAGCAAACUAAGAAAAAUAGAAUGUACGCAAAAAUGGUAGAAUCUCAAAGAAGUCUUGCCUGAAACUUUGCAUGCCUAAUAUUCAUCACAUAACAUCAAUUUUAAAAACACAAAUUAUAUGCUGUAUACAGUGUGUCUAAAAAACGCGAUAAACUAAAACAUUGAAAAAUCCCAAAUCCAAUGAUACCUAUAUCAAUUUCAUGAAUUUAAUCAUUAAGCCAUAUGUCUCUUCUUUCCAAUGAUAUGUCAUUUAUUCAUAUGUGACCAUGGAACACCGCAUAAUCACUCUUUGUGGUCAAUGGUUCAAAAAUCUGCUCUGUACCAAGUUUUAGACAUUGUACACAACGACAGAGAAUAACCAAUGAGGCUGCCCCUCUCUGCC